AAUCUGCUUGCAAGUCGAGAAGGCGAGUCGAGGAUUUGUCGCUAUUUCAACAAUUUUUGCUACGGAAAUCUGUCUUAUUACCAACCAAAUAACCAGACAAAGGAAAGCUUGUGCUAAAGAUAGUUUAGUUGAUCGAUUUUUUGUUCAGUCUUAAGCGUGAAGCGGUUUUUCCAGCCGUCUUUUGCUGGGGUAAAGGAUGAGCUCAAUGAUGACAGCGGAAAGGAACGACACAUCGGCCAUCAGCGGUCUAACUGCCAAAGAACAAGCUCUGCUCAAUGAUAUUAGACAAAGAAAGUCCCAAUUAUUGGUAGAAAUUGAGCAACUGAAGGCAGAUAUUGCCCAAGUGACAGAUGAACUGGAUUCCUUAGAUCAGCAGGACUUAAUUGGUUCCAAAGAAGACAUGAAAAUAAAGCAGAAAACUAUUGGAAGAAAGAAAUUCAACUUACAUCCUGAAAAAGGCAUAGAAUAUCUUGUAUCAAAUGGAUUACUGAAUAAAGUACCAGAAGAUGUUGCAGACUUUCUGUAUUCUGGAGAAGGUCUAAACAAGACACAAAUUGGAAAUUAUCUUGGAGAAAACAAAGAAUUCAACUUAGAAGUAUUUGAUAAAUUUGUGGUACUGCACAARUUUGAAGGGAAGCUUCUUGUAAACGCUCUUAGGGAGUUUUUGUGGAGUUUUCGACUUCCAGGUGAGGCUCAAAAGAUUGACAGAAUGAUGGAAGGAUUUGCCAAACAAUACUGUAAAGACAACCCAGGGUUAUUCACCUCUACAGACACCUGUUACGUUUUAAGUUUUUCAAUUAUUCUGUUAAAUACAAGUUUGCACAACCCAAGUGUUAAAGACAAGCCAACAGUGGAAAAAUUCAUUCUAAUGAACAAAGGCAUCAACUGUGGAGCUGAUUUAGACGAAGACUUCCUUGUUACUCUAUAUGAAAGUAUAAAGAAUGAAGCUUUUAAAAUCCCUGAAGAUGAUGGCAAUGACAUUACACAGACAUUCUUCAACCCUGACAGAGAAGGUGUUCUUGUCAAAGAAGGUGGUCUCCAUAAAACUUGGAGAAAAAGAUAUUUUAUAUUGAAAGACAACUGUCUAUACUACUUUAAGAAUGUUGGGGGCCAGCAUGAUUUUUGACCCUUUCUACGACAUGCUACAGACAAGAAAGAAAAAAGUCACACAAGCAGUUUACAGUUAACGAGGAUACAAUACAAUACUGGUGUGAUACAUAUUCCAAUAAUAUAGGCCUACUUGUAGGGUGUGGUCCUGACGCUACUCCACCCAAUAAUACCCCAAUACUGUACAUCCAAAAGGAUGUAAAAAUCAUUCUAUCAAUCAAUCAAAGCAACGUUCCAAUACUUGCACUGACAGUAGUUGUAAAUAGAUUCCUGUUUCCCAUUUCAGACCAUGUGUCAUUCUCUAGAGUAUUAUUUCUUUGUUUAACAGUUGCACAUGAGAGGACACAUUAGUAUCGAUACAACUAAAUCAAAGAAUCUUGGUCCCAAGAGAAUGGCACAUGAUCUGAAAUGGGUAAAUAUUACGUCUAGGUGGAUAUUAAAGGUCCACUAAUGUAGAGAAAACAGGAACCAAUGUCAAAAUGACUUGCAAGACUGCUAUUGUAAAUAUGCCUUGAUAUCCCAGUAAGUCGAGCUCAAUGUGAAAGAAAUAUUUUGAUUAUUACCAAUGGAAUAGAAUUCAUUUUUUCAGUCCAUUCCUCGUUGCAUGUCUUGUAAAUGCACGUUUUUUAUAUAUUUUGGUUUUCAUCCAAAUGAACCAACUGAGGAUGUCUUGUCGAGAUGAUAUUUCCAAAUUUAAACUUUCAUCUAUUCUCAAAAGAGUAAUUUUUGUAAUUUUGUUAAGAUUGUAUUUUUUCUUUUAAUCAAACCGAUGAAAUUUUAGUCAAAAUAAAUGGUAUUUGAUAAGUGUU